AGUAGCUCUGCAGAAUAACAGAACAGCCACACCUUCCAAGAGGGAGACUCGCAUCAGAACUCCACUUUCAGAACAAAGAAGGACGCGUAAAGCGCAGUCGAGUGGUUCAACAAGAAUGGCUUCAAACUUGUGGUCAGAGGAGCACUUGAACUGUCCAGUGUGUAAGGAGCCAUUGAAGGAUCCAGUCACUAUUCCAUGUGGACACAGUUACUGUAUGGGGUGUAUUAAGAACUGCUGGGAUCAGACUGAUCAUACAGGUGUCUACAGCUGCCCCCAGUGCAGAAAGACCUUUACCCCAAGGCCUGAUCUGUGCAGAAACACCAUGCUUGCUGAAGUUGUGGAGAAAUUAAAGAAGACAGGACUCAAUCCUCCUCCUGCUCAAAGUUAUGCUGGACCUGGAGAUGUGUCGUGUGAUGUCUGCACUGGGAGAAAGUUCAAAGCUGUUAAAUCCUGUUUGACGUGCCUGGCCUCUUACUGUGAAACACACGUCAAGCCACACAGUGAGGUUACUCCAUUAACGAGGCACAAGCUGAUCAAUGCCAUUGGAAAUCUGGAGCAGAAGCUCUGUCCUGAACACCAGAAGUUUUUGGAGGUCUUCUGCAGAACCGAUCAGACGUGUAUUUGCUUGUUGUGUACAGACGAGGAUCACAAGAGCCAUGAUACAGUCUCAGGUGAUGCAGAAAGGAUUGUGAAACAGAAGCAGCUGGGAGAGACACAGACAGAAAUACAACAGAGAAUCCAGGAGAGACUGAAAGAAAUUGAGGGGCUGAAACAGGCUGUGGAGUCACUGAAAAGAUCUGCAUGCUUAGAAAUAAAGGAAAGUGAGAAGAUCUUUAAUGAGGUGAUCCGAUCCAUUGAGAAGAUCCACACUGAGGUUAUUGAGCUGAUUGGAGCUAACGAGAAGGCUGCAGUGAAUCAGGCUGAAGGACGCAUGAAGAAACUGGAGCAGGAGAUUGCUGAGCUAAAGAGGAGAAACGCUGAGCUGAAACAGCUUUCAGAGACAGAGGAUCACAUCCAUUUUCUACAGAAUUUCCAGUCUCUCUGUGCCCCUCCUGAAGCUGGAGGCUUACCCAGUGUUACUGUCAAUACAGGCAUCUCUUUUGGGGCUGUGAGGAAAGCUGUAUCUGAACUUAAAGACCAUAUUGAGGACUUCUGCAAGGGGGAAUUAGUCAAAAUAACCAAAACAGAUUCUUUAUCUAGAUCCACACCUCAAGCAUCAAACAUGAGAGUCAACACAGUCCCUUCAUUGUUCAGGUCCAUCGCUGCCACGCUCAACCCUGGUGUUACAAACUGCUGACUGGCUGCAUUCAGUACUGGAGUCUAACCAGAUCGAGAUUUAAAAAAAAAAUACAAAUAAAAAAAUAUCCACAG